AUGGGUUAUGCUCGGCGAGUGCCAUCGCUCCUAUGGCUUACUGUAUUUAUCCUCACGUUAGCCAAGAGCGUGGCUCCUCUGUACUUUUACUUUGAAGCCGGUACAAAUAAGUGCUUCUAUGAGCAACUUCCUGCUGACACAAUUGUUGUUGGCCACUAUUACCUGGAGGAAUGGGAUGAUACACAGAGUCACUUUGAUAUCCCCAAAGACGUUGCUCUAGGUAUCCUGGUCAAGCAUGUUGACAGUGACCAUGAUCUUGUAUCAUCGAAAGGGAAGUCAGAUGGCCGUUUCGCUUUUAGUUCACAUGAAGCUGGUCGUCAUGAAAUCUGCUUCAACACAGAAUACCAAGGUGUGCGCCUCCCUCACCAACACACACCUGAGCUCCGUAUGCAUCUCGAUAUUAUCAUUGGUGAUUCACACCGUUCUAAUUCUGUUGCUGACAAGGAGCAUGCCGAGGAUCUUCUUUCCAGGGCUAGAGCAUUGAAUGCGAAAAUGCGUGACCUUCGUAAAGAACAACAAUACCAACGUGAGCGCGAGAUGGAAUUCCGUGACUUAAGUGAGUCUACCAAUGCGCGAGUUGUCUGGUGCAUUAUUCUUCAGAUGCUCGUGUUGUUGGUUUGCUGUCUCUGGCAGCUUGUAAGCCUGAAGCUCUUUUUUGAGGACAAAAAGUUCCGUUAG